CGCGCACUCAGCAUCAGUCGUAGUCGAUUGUUCGAUUCGAUUCGAUCUUGUUCUUUUUGAUUUUUACUUCAAGAAAAUUUUUGCGCAAGUGAGGCAUUUUUCACAAGUAAAAAUAGUGUAUAUAAGCAACUCGUAGUAUACAAUAUACUGCGUAAUAUCGUGUACUUCAUUUUUCAAUCAACGUGAUCCUUUCUUUAAUCAAAAAUGAGCACGCCGGUGAAGAAAGUGCCUAUUCACCUGCAGAGCGCGCAAAACAGGCUGUUGAUUAAGAACGGCAAGGUGGUAAACGACGAUGGAAUCACGGAUAACGACGUUUAUAUCGAAGAUGGUAUCAUAAAGCAAAUGGGUCGUAAUUUAAUAAUACCAGGUGGCACGAGAAUCAUCGACGCCCGUGGAAAGUACGUGAUGCCAGGUGGCAUAGAUCCGCACACCCAUUUCGAAUUGGAGUUAAUGGGCGCCAAGACGGUGGACGAUUUUUAUCAGGGCACCAAAGCAGCUGUCGCCGGUGGUACGACGAUGAUCAUCGACUUUGUCAUCCCCAAGAAGGACGAAUCAAUUUUGGAGGCGUACGAGAGGUACCGGGAGAGCGCCGACCAGAAAGUUUGCUGCGAUUAUUCGCUCCACGUCGCUAUCACGUCCUGGAGUCCAAAAAUUAAAGAAGAGAUGGCUACGUUGGUGAAGGAUCACGGUGUGAAUAGCUUCAAAAUGUUCAUGGCCUAUCGUGAUCUAUAUAUGAUCAGGGAUCCAGAAUUAAUUGAGACGUUCAAAGCGUGCAAGGAGCUCGGUGCUAUUGCCAUGGUUCAUGCAGAAAAUGGCGACAUUAUUGCGGAGAACACGAAACGAUUGCUCGAUGCUGGAGUCACGGGACCCGAGGGUCACGAAAUGUCGCGUCCUGAGGAAGUAGAGGCAGAAGCUGUGAAUAGAGCUUGCGUUAUAGCUAGCCAGGUGAAUUGCCCACUGUACGUAACGGCAUUGUCGAGCAAAUCUGCCGCUGAUGUUGUAUCCUCGAAAAAGUCGGAGGGUGUUGUCUUGUUUGGAGAAACUCUCGCAAGUACCGUGGGUAUCGAUGGUAGCGAGCAAUAUGGGAAAGAUAUCGAAAAAGCCAGACGUUACGUUACUAGUCCACCAUUGAGACCUGAUUCUACGACACCUGCUUAUCUAAUCGAACACUUAGCACAAGACGGCCUUCAAGUUACGGGUAGCGAUAACUGUACCUUCAACGCCGAACAAAAGGCUUUAGGCAAGGAUGAUUUCUCCAAGAUCCCCAAUGGCGUGAAUGGUGUCGAAGAUAGGAUGUCGGUUGUUUGGGAGAAAGGGGUGCACGCUGGAAUAAUGGACCCUACCAGGUUCGUGGCGGUGACCAGCACCAACGCUGCAAAGAUCUUCAACCUUUAUCCACGAAAGGGAGUGAUAGCGGUCGGCUCAGACGCCGAUAUAGUUGUCUGGGACCCUAACAGGAAGCGUACGAUUUCCGCUCAAACGCAUGUCCAGGCCGUUGACUUCAACAUCUUCGAGGGUAUGGAAGUUCAUGGGGUACCUGAGUAUGUUAUAGUGGAAGGUCGUGUUUGCGUGGAUGAGUGUGAACUAAAAGCUGUUCAUGGAUUCGGAAAAUUCGUCGAGACUCCAAGCCAUGCUACUUACGUAUACGAUAUGAUUGAAGACAGAGAAAAAAAACCGCGCGGUGUGGCACGAACCGAGGCCGAGGCGAAGAAGUUUGCCGAGGAGGAUGCCGCUAUCGCGAAGGCCAAAGAGGAAGCAAGAGCGGCAGCUGCAGCACUCGCGAAGAGUCAUCAAACAAACGGUACUUACGAAAGCCCGAAACCAAAAAUUUCAGUACCCGAUUGUAUGCCAACACUACCUGAUUCUGCUGUGGUUACGCCAUCAUCGAAAGGUCCACGAUUAGAAGGACAGAGAAAUUUGCAAGACUCUACUUUUUCUAUCAGUGAGGAUGUCGAGGAAGCAAGAAGAGCUUGUAUCCGCGUGAACAAUCCACCUGGUGGUCGUAGUGCGGGAGGUUUUUGGUAAUUUAUGAAAGACAGAUUUUCAAAAUCUGCUUUGCAUAUCUUUAGGGAUCUUUCUUUACAGAGGAAAUAAGGACGAAAUCUUUCUUCUCUCAUCAUUUUUCUUUCAUUCGUGUAUACAAAAAACACAGUUUUAUUUUUCUUGACAGUUUUCUAUCAACUCGCUUUCAGGUUCGCUAUUCAUUCAAUCAUUAUCGAUAAGUUUCGUUUUCAAUUGAUAUGUUCCCAAUCGAUUAAGGUCUGUUCCAUCAAAGGAGGAUUCGGAUGCCACCGGUCAGUAGAAUAUAUGUUCGUAUUUUCAUGUAUCACACUAUUUUUAGCUUCAUUAUCGCUUCAUUGCUCGCUCUCUAUGUACGUAUGCUUCAUUCUUUGACCUUGGAUCGUUUACGCGUUUGAUGAUCCGCACUUGACUUUAUCUUUCGUGCAAUAGAUAUGUUUGUUAAGUUUCUAGCCGAUCAAAAGUUUAUGUUAUCGUUCUUAAUGAACACCUUAAUCGACUGUUGCAAACUUAUAUCGUUUAUUUGUAUAGUAUAUUGUUUUAUUAUGUAUUACAUAUAUGGAAUAACAGAAUUACGUAUUGAUUUUGACGUGGAUAUUAUGUCUAUAUUUAAUAAGAAAUUAUUUAUUUUUUUUUUUGAAGAUAUUCAGAAAAAUAAAUUUAUGUUUUGUAAAAUUGUAAAAAAUAUUUGAUAUACGUAUUUCUGAUAAUUCCAAGGUCAAGCUUAUGAGCAAGUUAUUUAUUGCGUAACUAUAUUACUCCAAAAACGUAUUCGCAUCUGUAAUAUUCAAAGUCAUUUUCGAAAUAACUUAAAUAUUUAAUAAUGUUUAUUAUUAAAUCGAUCAUUAUUAAUGAACGAUUUAUUAGUCGCCAAUUAUAAGUUGUACAUGUGUUUAACAUUUCAUUAAUCAGUUAUUAUUGUAACUUUGGUUUCAUAUCAUAUUUUUAUUAAUUUAUAUAACACCGGUGUACAGUGAUCAUCAUCAAUUUCAUCAUUGACAUUAUACAAUAACGCAAACAUUAUAUGCCCGGUGUACAUAUUACAUAUAAAAAUAUUUUCGCUCUCGAUCAAGGUUUAUCUGGCAUGCAAUUAUCUCACGGGUAUAUUAUAUUAUAUUAUAUAUUUUAUAACUAUCGUUAGAAUCCUAGAAUCAAACACUGUACCAUUAAUUUUAAGAAAUCAGCCCAAUACAAUAAUUGUUCUAUUUUCUAUCACAGUUUAAUGUUACGUUUCGGUUAAUUAUAUUAUUAAUUAUAAUGAUUGUAAAUAUUAAUUUAACGAUUCAAGGAAUUUAAACAGUUGUUCUUUUGCAAAGGAUUAAAAUAAUUGUAUUAUAAAUUAUAUACAGUUACGUUUGAAUAUUUAUUAGAAAUUGAUAAUUUAAUUAUCAUAUAAAACAGUCUAACAGUAAGUUAAACCGAAUAAUUGCAACCAAAUGAAAAGCAGAUAAUUUUUUUAAUCUUUUCAUUAUAUUUUUACUGUCAUAGAAUUUGCGGGUUUAGGAAUAGUUCAAAUGAUAAAAAUCGUGAUAAUAUGGAAACAGAUGUAUCUUAGAAUCAAAUAUUUGGCAUUAAAAUUUUUAUUCCAAAGAUAUGGAGCGGAAAUCUUCUGCACUAAACAUGUUGACAUUUUUUAAAAUUUACAAAAUUUAAAUGGAGAAAUGAUAAAGUUCAACAAUGAUAGCUUAUAAAAAUUAAAUUGAAAUACGCACAAAUUCAUAAAUAGAUAGCCAAGGAUGCUAAAUUUAUAAAUUAACAACGUUAUACCAAAAGGAAGACGUAAUGAUGUAUUUAAUAAGAACGCAUACUUGUUUGCUUAUGAUUUUCAAAAGAAUUUCAUAUAGAAAUUUCACCGAGUACUACUUAAUUUAAUUAUUCAAGUUUUAUAUUGUGUGACCAAAAAAAUUUUUUUUACUUCCUUAAUAGCAUGAACCCUACAUUCCGAUUUUUAACGUGUUAUGAAAACUAUUAAUUUUUUUUUUAAAUUUGUCAUUGAAAAAGUAUCUAUUGUUGAUUUUAUUAAAUCCUUAAGACACAUGCGUCUACGAAAGUAAAAUUAAUGAUAAUAAUCUUAAUAAUAAUAAUGUUAAGAAUAAAUGAUACUAAACAGUAAUUAUCGCAUAAUAAAUAUUUAUUACGUAAUUACUAUCGUGUAAAAUGAAUGAAUUCGAAAUUUUACAAUUAUAAGGCUUGUCUGAGCUACUCGUAAACGACCAAAAACUUUGGUUACCAUUGUAAGUUACAGUUACAAAACUGUCGCGAAUAACUGUCGUGAUACAUUUUUAGAACAAGACAUUUUUAGAUCGCAUUUAGAAAAAUAUGUCUAAGAGUUUUUUAAUGUAGAUUUUGUAUUGAAACAUUUCUAAAAGUUUCUACACAUGCAUAGAAUCAGUUACAAUAAGUUAUUAAGAAUUAUAGAAAGCAACACAGUUCGUAUAUUUUGAAAUAAUUUAUAAUUAUUUUAUUAAAAACAAUUCUAUUAUAAAGCUUUUUCUCAAGAUAUAUUGUUGUUUUCUAGUAAUAAUUACAUAAUUGAAUAUAUGUGAUUAUAUAAGACUGCUUGAAACCUGAUUAAUCGAGAAACGAUUUGACCUUGUUCAAUUAUUAUAUGGUUUAAUGGAAAAAUGUUGUCUCCAUUUGUUUUUACAGUUUUUAGACUAUUAACAUUUAUUAAGACUUAACAUUGUUAUUGUGCAUGUUACAUUCGUUGUAUUAAAGGUUUUAUAUUAUGGUAUUCAGUACGUGUAUCGUUGUAUUCCAUUUGCCAAUAUAAAAGUUUUGUAUAAGAAUUAUUUAAACGAUAAAUAUGCAAGGGCUUUACAACAGAUUUAUCUUUAUAAAAAUAUAAUUAUCAAUGUGUUCACAUUGUGUGACUUCGAGUCGAGUAUUCGAAAGAAAUGUAUAGUUUAUCAAUAUAAUAAAUGAUACAGCUAGAGUACCUAUUUAUGUCUGUUACAAUGUAUGUGAUCGCUUGAAAUAAAAAUUUGACAUCAAUAUUAAACGAA